AUGCCAAUACAAUUGAGUAAAUUGAAGAGUCUCCAGGUGUUGAGAUAUUUUGUUGUGGGAAAAGAUAAUAAGACCAAGAUAGGAGAGUUGAGGGAGCUUUCAGAUCUCCAUGGAGAACUUCACCUUAGAAAUUUACAGAAUGUCCCAAGUGGUAAGGAUGCAUUGGAAGCCAAGUUGAUGGACAAAAACAAUCUUGAGGCAUUGUGUUUGAACUGGAAUGGCAAGUCUAAUGAUUCAACUGAUGACAAAGAAGUACUUGAAAAUCUAUUGCCUCACACAAAUUUGAAAAUGCUUUACAUAAAUGGAUAUGGGGGUACUUCAUUCCCUAAGUGGUUAGGUGAUGUAUCAUUCUGCAACACAGUCUAUAUAAGACUUGACAAGUCCUGGGAAGAAUGGUGUUCAAUUGAAGUUGAAGAUGAUGAAGUUUUCCCUGAACUCCAAGAACUUGAAAUAGUUGGGUGUGACAGCAGUGGCAGUGAGGUUCUGCUUUCAUCACUCACAAGGACUCCAGCUAUCCGUCACUUGGAGUUAGGCAGGUGUGAAAAACUAGAGGUACAGGAACUGCCACAAACCAUGGAAUCGAUUAGUAUUGGAGGAUGUAGAGGUGUCGAAUCAUUGAUGAAGGCAUUAAGAUGCCUCCCUGCUACCCUGACACAUUUGGAAAUCCAUUAUUGUGAGAAAUUAGAAUUCCCAAUGCACCAUGACUCACUCAAAACUUCUCUUCAAAAGUACCGACACGGCCUAACAUGUCUAUCUUUUCUACGCAUCAGAGGUUGCCUCAAGUUCAUAUAUUUCCCUAAUGGUGGAUUGCAUGCUUCCAAUCUAACUGGUCUUAUAGUGAAUGGUUGCAAGAGAUUAAAAGAGCUGCCUGAGCAAAUGGCUAACCUCCUCCCAUCUCUAGAAGAUUUAAGGAUCAUUGAUUGUCCAGAGGUGGAGUCAUUUCCUGAAGGAGGUGAAGGUGUGGAAUCGUUUCCAGAGGAGGGGCUACUGCCUUCAACUCUCACCCAUCUUAUGAUGGAAGGAUUUACAAGUCUUAAGAGGCUGGACAUAAAGGUGCUUCAACAACUCACUUCUCUCACAUAUCUAGAAAUCGAGUCAUGCCCUCAAUUACUGCAUCUGCCACAACAAAAACUGCCUACAUCUCUUACUGUUUUAGCCAUCAACAAAUGUCCAAUCCUGAAAGAAAGGUGUCAGAGGGAUAAAGGGAAAGACUGGAACAAGAUUUCUCACAUCCCCGGCAUCUAUCUCGAUCGCAAGCUCAUUUGA